AGUCACUUUGGCAGAGAAGGGCACACUUGAAUCCUUCAGCUGCAACUUUAAUUUAAAAAGGGUCGAGACUAACCCAACACAAUGGGCUGUGUUCAAAGCUUCAGGGAAUUGUGCGACCGUCCAAAAAAUACUAAUGUUCGUAUCAGUCUCCCGGCAGUUUGCAUCGUGUGGCAGACGGCCAUGAUCAUCUUGUUUGGGGUUUUUAUUCGCUACAAUGAAGAAUCGGAUACACACUGGAUAGAGCAGAGAAAAGCAAAAAAUAUAUCAAGUGACGUAGAGAACGACUUCUACUACAGAUAUCCAAGUUUCCAGGAUGUCCAUGUGAUGAUCUUUGUUGGAUUUGGCUUCCUGAUGACAUUCCUUAAGCGCUACAGCUUCGGCGCGGUUGGUUACAACUUCCUCAUCGCAUCCUUCGGCCUCCAAUGGGCGCUGCUGAUGCAAGGCUGGUUUCACUCCUUGGACUACAGCGAUGGAAAGAUCAAAAUUGGAAUUGAAAACAUGAUCAACGCUGACUUCUGUGUGGCGGGCUGCUUAAUAGCCUACGGGGCGGUGCUCGGUAAAGUCAGUGCAGUCCAGCUGCUGGUUAUGACCCUCUUUGGGAUCACAUUGUUUGCUGUGGAGGAAUAUAUUAUCCUAGAUCUCAUACAUGCCCGAGAUGCUGGAGGCUCCAUGGUGAUCCACACAUUCGGAGCUUACUAUGGUCUCUCCAUCUCGUGGAUGCUCUAUCGGCCAAACCUGAACCAGAGCGAUCGUCUGCAGGGCUCCGUCUAUCACUCAGAUGUCUUUGCCAUGAUUGGCACCCUCUUCCUGUGGAUGUUCUGGCCCAGCUUCAACUCAGCCGUCACAGACCACGGGGACGGGCAGCACAGAGCAGCCCUGAACACCUACCUGGCUUUGGCCUCUACCGUGCUCACUACUGUGGCCAUCUCCAGCCUCUUCCAGAAGCACGGAAAACUAGACAUGGUCCACAUCCAGAACUCCACUCUUGCUGGAGGCGUUGCCGUAGGAACUGCAGCAGAGUUCAUGCUGAUGCCUUAUGGGUCUCUGAUCGUAGGAUUCUGCUGUGGCAUCAUCUCCACGCUGGGAUAUGUCUACCUCACGCCUUUCAUGGAGAAGCACCUGAAGAUCCAGGACACGUGUGGCAUCCAUAACCUGCAUGCCAUGCCAGGCGUCAUUGGUGGCAUUGUGGGAGCCAUUACUGCCGCGACUGCAACAGAGUCUGUUUAUGGUGUUGAGGGGCUUAGGAACACCUUUGACUUUGACGGUGAUUUCAAAGACACGGUACCCACACGACAGGGUGGUUUACAGGCUGCAGCCCUCUGUGUGGCCAUCUGCUUUGGUGUGGGUGGAGGUAUCCUUGUCGGUUGUAUUUUAAGAUUACCUAUAUGGGGAGAUCCUGCAGAUGACAAUUGUUUUGAUGAUGAGCCCUACUGGGAGCUCCCUGAUGAGGAAGAGGCCAUCCCACCAAUCCUUCAGUACAACAACCAUAUGCGGAACAAAGAUAUAGUGGAGUCGAAUUUCUCUGUGGAGCAGACCUGACGCUAGGAGGCCUUCUCCUAAUGAAUGUCUGUCUUUAUCACACAUGAUCCAUUUGUUCCCUUUAAUGUUCCUACUAGACAAAAAUACACAUUUUAUAUGAUUAAUUCUCUCCAAUCGAAAACUGUUUUUUUUUCUUACAGUGUGUCUUUUUGAAAAAAGAUUUGAAGUGAAAAUCUGUCAAUGAAAUAAGGCCUUUUCUGUUUUCUCAAUAUAUUAUUCCAGUUUAAAUCAAUUGAUAUUCAAUUACAUAUUGGUAUUAAGUGUGAUUGGCAUUACUGGAGUGAUUUGCCUCAUAUCAAAAUUUAGGGUCAAUUUAAUUAAAACUGCUGGAUUUGUCUCAAGUUCAAUACAAGACAAAACAUGAACAUGAAAAUAUAAUGUUUCCUUUAAGUAGGUUUGAGAGAAAUAUUUAUAACCAUGUUUUGUAUUACGUUUACUUCAAAACCACUAGAGUUGCACUUUGCAGUGGAUUUUCCACAGUAGGAGCUUUCAUAACUUUGUUUUUACAGAUUGUUUCUGUCUGUGUGACAUAACAGACUGCAGGUCACAUUGGAAGACAAUACACAGACCUUUUUGGGCAACUUUUAGCUGUCAGCUUAAUUUGUUAUAUGUUUAUUUGCAUAGUUGCUUUUCCUUUAAUUGCAAUUAAAUACAUUAAAAAACUGCACUUAAAUAAU